AUGAAUAAAAUACGUAAAUCAUUAGAACCUGCACGGAAUGGAAUUAAUAAUAUUAUUGUUAAAAUUAUUGAAGCUUGUAAUCGAUUGGAUUCUAUCUAUAAUGAAUUAAACAAUGCAAUUUUGGAUUUGAAUGAUCAUGGCUUCAUGGGUAUAUUUUAUCUUCCAAAAUCAGGAAUUAUCGGAAGUAUACGGUUUAUCUGUGCUGAUGAUAAACAUAAAUUAGCAAUUGGUGAAGAAGUUGCCACUUCAACUGGUAUUCGUAAUAGGAAACCAUUAAUACCUGAUAGUACAGUUUUUGCAGAGAAAUCAUUUUAUCAUGGAAAUGUAUAUACUCUAAUCGAAGACGAAGUUACAAUGUCAAUUGAUUCAACAUUACGUUGUGAUGAAACUACACAAUCAUUACUUCGGAAACAUUCUGAUUUACAAAAAAUUUUUUAUAUUUAUAUUUUCAUUUAA